UUACUCUGAUUGUUGCCAUUAAUGGCCUUGGCCGGCACUUAAGUCUUGCAUCAGAAACCCCCAACCACCUGAAGGGGAAGAAGAAUAAGCCUAAGAGGUCUAUUGGAUUUUUGGAUUACAUGUUCAUCUUGAAGUGAUAGCGUUUUAGAUUAAGAAUUGAGAUGGGAGUAGAGGAAGGAAGAUCGUUGUCUGAAACCCCAACUUGGGCUGUUGCAACUGUUAUAUCUGUCAUGGUCUCUCUUGGGUUCUUCUUUCAUGCUUCUUUGAAGCAGUUUGGGAAGUGGUUGGAUAGGACCAAGAGAAAAUCUCUUCUUGCUGCUCUGGAGAAGAUUAAGGAAGAGUUAAUGCUCUUUGGACUCUUGUCGUUGCUGAUGGGUCAUUGGAUUAUUUUUGUGGCCAAAAUUUGCAUUGAAUCAUCAGUCUUAAGCAGCCGAUUCUAUCCAUGUGCACCGAAAAUAGAUACCAGGGAUCUGAGAUCUACAAAUCACUUUAUUGUUUCAAAUUCUGAUUUUUUUAAUUAUUCGGUUGCCAGAGAGGAAGUGAACAAUGUGCAGAGAGAUUUUUGUCCUAAGGGACAUGAGUCCUUUGCUUCAUAUGAAAGUCUUGAGCAGCUUCAUCGUUUCUUGUUUGUUCUUGGCGUUACCCAUGUAGCUUAUAGCUUUAUUGCUAUUGCCCUGGCCAUGAUCAAGAUAUAUAGCUGGAGAACAUGGGAAAAUCAAGCAAAGUCAAUCGCUCUUCAAGGAUUACAAGGUUCGGCAGAAGAAGUCCCAAACAGUUUAAGAAUGAGGCGACUUUCUACUUUCAUUUUUCAUCGCACAUCUCAUCCAUGGAGUCAGCACGGAGUUCUUGUUUGGCUGCUUUGUUUCACUCGCCAGUUUUGGAGUUCUAUAAACCGAGCUGACUACAUGGCUUUGCGUUUGGGCUUCAUUACUACUCAUCAACUACCAUUAUCAUAUGAUUUUCAUAAUUAUAUGCUUCGAAGCAUGGAAGAAGAAUUUCGUGACAUUGUUGGCAUUAGUGUGCCUCUCUGGAUUUUUGCAGUAUUGUCUGUUAUCCUAGGUUUUCAUGGAACUAACAGUUACUUCUGGCUUUCCUUCCUUCCAUCUAUUUUGAUCCUGCUGAUUGGUACUAAACUGCACCGCAUAGUGGUGAAGCUGGCAGUUGAAAUCAUGGAUGAAUCUUCAUUGACAGGAGUUAAUCAGUUUAACCUUAGGGAUGAGCUCUUCUGGUUUGGGAAACCCAGGCUUCUGCUGUGGUUAAUACAAUUUAUAUCAUUUCAGAAUGCCUUCGAGAUGGCUACUUAUAUUUGGUCUCUGUGGGAAAUUAGAGAACCUUCUUGUUUUAUGGAGAAUCGCAGCUAUCUAGUGAUCCGCUUGACAUUUGGGGUUGUCUCUCAGUUCUGGUGUAGCUUCAUCACAUUCCCACUCUAUGUCAUUGUUACACAGAUGGGUUCAAAUUUCAAGAAAUCAAUAAUCGCCGAAAAUGUAAGAAGAUCACUUCAUGGAUGGCAAAGGAGGGUGAAGGCCAAACAAGGAGGUCCUCCUUUUACUCUUCUAAGUGCAACAUCAACCAUGUCCCUGGACUCGGAUGAGACAGACAGGAUUGAUACCAUUGCGACAAGCAGCGUGGAAGGAAGCUCAAAAGGAUAUGAUGAUGCCAUGUCCUCGCAUCAACAUGCCUAUGUAAAAGAACAAGGUCAAACUAACGAAAUUUCACCGAGUGAUGAGCAGCUCCAGGUUCCAUUUCCUGAUGGUCCUAACUACAGUUGUUAUGAUGACAACUAUGGCAAUGAACACAAUGGCAACAAUGAUGUAUAGGAUCAUUCAUGUCUUCUUCCACUGCCUUGAACUACUAUUUAUAUUCUAGUCUCUCUGAUUGCAGACUUUUAUAUGAUAGCAUUGAUAAAUGAGAACAAGAGUAAUUUGGUGGAGACCAGCACACAACACGGAUUGCUUGUAGCCCACAUGACUUGCACGUGGAGAGGGGGAAAAAAAUAAAUAGAAUUAGGGGUUUUUUUGUUAAUUAGGGUUUUAUUAUUAUUAUUUUUGGUAAUGUUUAAUUUUAGCAUUAAUUUUCAUAAUGUCCUAUAUAUAAGGUUU